AUGGCUUCCAACCCAGAAGAACCCCCCGACGAUGUUCCAGAGAACAGUCGCCCGUUGGCAGCGUCUACAUCAACCCGCGCAAGAGCUAUGCCAAGCAUGCAUGAGCUAUCGGGCACCGAGAGAAGUUUCAGGACAAGAGAUCCCACGACUCGCAUUGCGGAUGAACACCCGCUGUCUUUAAUCCUUCCUAUAGUGCGCAAUGGGCCAUAUAGAAAUCGGACAAUGAAUACCACGACGGUUGACGGAUCUGGAUUAACACGCCCCAGCUAUGCAGAUCUUGGUGCCAGAAAUGUUGACCGAACUCGGCGUCUUAGUAAUCGAGCUGAGCCUUACGUCUUAAAUUUUCAAAGUGACAGACGUCAUGCCUCGCGUACGCGUCUCUUGGACAAUCUCAAUGAGACAGCCUCUGAUGCACACCCUACAGUUGGCGCCAUGUACGCCUCACGUGCACGACGCAUGAUGGACAGUAAUGGGAGGGAUCCUGAUCGAGACUAUACUCCGACACUAUAUGAUCCUUUGCCGGCUACAGCCAGAAACUAUCCCAAUACCUCGAAUCCCAGCUCAGUCUAUGUUCCGAAAAGAUACAGGCCUUUCCCGCUGGUAACAGCCAGAGAUGCGCCAGAUACCGGUCAAGUCUACACUCCGAGAAGAGAAAUUUAUCGCCCGCAUGUAAGAGCCACAAGCUCUAUCAACAUCGCAGAUACUAUUACAUUCUCAGCUCGAAUCAGUGAGCAAGCACAAAUACCUCGUGAAUUCAGCGCAUCACAGGUUCCCGAGGCCAACAGCGAACAAGCACGAGCAACUCCCGAAGUCAACUCACCACAGCUUCCCGAAGCAUCAACCGCCGUCGGUACAAGCGAAUGUCCCAUUUGUCUUUCUCCCUUCCCUGCUCCUCCCAAUGCCGUCCUCGUACACCCAUGCAACCACGGAUUCUGUCUUGUAUGUAUCCAGACCUGGAUCCAAACCCAACGACAAAGACCCGAUGUCCGACCAGUAAACUGUCCCUUCUGUCGAGGUCCCAUUAACAGAAUCAUUGACCGGGAAGGAAAUAUUGUUGAAUAUCAAAGAAACAACGUCCCAGGUGUCAUUCAAGAAGGUCGGGAAAGGUUGAGAAGAAUGCUUGGAGGUGCAGUUGCAAAUAUUGCUGAUUCAAGGCCAAGAGCUUCGCGUACAAUAGAUCGUGUAAAUGCGUUUGAUGAGCUGAGGAGAACAUUGAAUAGGGUGGGACCUGCGGGAAAUAUUAGUGAGCAAGUUACAAUCGUACGAGAAAGAUUGGAUGAUGCAGAUGCGGAUUCCAGCCCUCCAGCAAACGCGCCUGAGUGGACUAACGGUGCUUACGGCUGGUGGGUCUGA